AUGGCCAACGCGCAACUUUCCGACAGCCAAGCAGCGGCUCUGCAAGAACUCACUGAUCUCUGUUCCAAGGACGGCCUACUAAUCCGCCCCCAAGGCCUUCAAGACAAUGACAUGCUUAACGGGCUGAUGGACGAGGCGACGCUUCUUCGAUUCUUGAAUGCUCGGGGUUUCGAUGUACAAGGUGCGUUGAAACAGUACAAGGAGUCUACUACCGCACACAAGAACAAUCACAUUGCCGAGCUAUACGAUGAAAUAGAUGUGAAAGUCUUUGAAGAAAUUCGAUCAAUUUACCCUCACUGGACUGGCCGCUUCAAUAAACGUGGUCUGCCUAUAUUUGUCUUUGACGUUGUGAAUCUGGACAACGAAGCUAUAAAGUCAUAUGAGCGAACUCGAAACUUGAAAUCGGUUCCUAUCAACGAGAUAUCCCUUGCUACCGAAAAGCCGGUCGCGACAUCACUCAGCUGUCCCCAACGGGCCUUGAUAUACCAUGACUACGUGACCCGGUUUCUGUUUCCAUUAUGCUCAAAACUGUCGCAGUCGGAGGUGAAAGAGAAAGGAGAAACUACUCAUUGCAUCUACCUGGUCAACAUCGCCAACAUGACCUUGAAGCAGGUUUGGGAUCUCCGAAACUAUGCGCAAGAUGUCAGCCGUUUGCUGGCUACCAAUUACCCAGAAGUCGUUGAUCGCAUAUACGUCCUGAAUGCCCCAUCCUACUAUAACACCAUAUGGGGCUUAAUCAAGAGGUUCAUUGAUCCCGUUACAGCCGACAAGUUGGUGAUUGUAUCACCCAAUGAAGUCCUGGAAGAAUUGUCGGAAGACAUUGACUUGGAGAAUAUUCCUAAAGUUUUCGGCGGAGAAUUCGAUUAUCAACAUGCCAUGCUGCCAUCUAUCGCUAAGGAAUUAUGGCAGACCAUCAACUGGAACGAUCCUGACAGCACCGGACAGAUACUUGCCGGGCCGAUCAAGUGGGUUCGCGAUGGUGACUUGGAGAAGGCAGUCGCGGUUGGUAGAGAGGAUGGGAUUUCAAGGCGACUUGAUGUCUUCUCGAAGAUCUCGCCUGAAGCGGAGAGUGCCUACACGGACCGGACAAUAGACAACCAGAGUAGAUAA